UCUCGCACGAAAAAUCGUCGUAAAUAAGAAAACCAAAGGCAACGAUCACUCCCUCCAACCCCAAGCAGUAUACAAGCAAGUAAUCCCAACUCUUAUUUCUCGCCAUCCGUCGCUCUCGGCUGGCCUCAUGCAAGUGGCAUGUGCGCAUCGUCGACGUACAUAUCGCAGAGCGGGAGAGAGAGAGAGAGAGAGAGAGAGAGAGAGAGAGAGAGAGAGAGAGAGAGAGAGAGAGAGAGAGAGAGAGAGAGAGAGAGAGAGAGAGAGAGAGAGAGAGAGAGAGAGAGAGAGAGAGCAGAGAGAAGGAGAGAGAACCCAGCGGCAGCGUAUACAAUAUACUAGAGCAGCAGCAGCAGCCGACCGGCGGGCGGCUCGAGCCUCUGGCGCACAUGCGCGCUUCGCUCGGCGCUCGCUUCGUCGUUGCUGCUUGCGGCUCGGCCGCCACCGAUUUCGAUUUUAGUCGUGGCCGGGUUCGGCUUGGGGGAAGAAAUCGCUCUUUCCUCGCGCGGUAUUCUUUCGCAUCGAGCUCCCAGCAGACGCGCAGUGCCGUAGUUUUCUACUCCACGCUUUCGCCGCUACAGCCUGUCUACAUCGAUCGAUCGUCGCAUAGGAAGCUGACUGUGCCCAGCCGAUUUUCCUCUCUCAAGUGGACUGCAGCGCUCAAUAUCGAAAAACGUUCUCAUCCAUGUCAAAGCUCUCGAAAUCACGCCAAAGCGAAUGGUUUAGAGUUCGGCUAUGAGUAGAGGCUUAGUAAAUUGAAGAAUUCGAAGAACGAAACGCCGCUAGCGCCAUGUCUCUAAAAAGCGGCAACCGGAACCUGGUCUCCACGGACUCGAAGCGCGCAGCCAAGACGAUCUCCUGUAUGCGAAACGGCAAAAUCGCCUUUGGCAACUCAUCCAACACCGCGUCUACCUCCCCAACCAAGCCCCACAACACCACUACACCGACCAACAACCCCAGCGACAACGACGAGGACGAGAAGAAGAUGACGGCGACUACCCUCACCAUGAAACAAGAGCCUGAGGACGAGGACGACUCCUGCUACUACGAGGAGGAGAACCUGAUGCAAUCACAGCAGCAUCAGGCGAGCUCGCACUCGCGCGGCACCUAUCCCAUGCUGACCAGGGUGAGAUCGCACUCGAGGAGCCUUCGAGCCAUGGCUAACCCCAGUGCUGUCUGGGCACACUUCGAUCUCUGCUCGAACGAUCCGCUGAGAGCCCAGUGCAGGAUCUGCGGAGCUGUGGUCGUCAGAGGUGGGGCUAAUCCCAGACAGUGCGGUACCACUAAUCUCCAUCGGCACCUCAGGGUGCACCAUGGCGGCCGGCUCAUCGGCAGGAGAUAUCACGUGAUGAGCGAGUUCGGCAAGCGGGAGCACGACCAGCCGCAAGCCGCGAAGGCCCUGCGCCUAGCUACGCAGAAUUUGGUGCGUCAGAUGCGUCAGAUCGCUCCUGCACCGAUCGCCCAAUCGAGUCCACAACAAACUCAGCAGCAGCAGACCUCGCAGCAACCGACGAAGACACUGGUGUUGAAGACCAUACCACUCAAAGUGAAGCAGAUCUCGCCGACGGCCAUAAAAAUGCAGCAGGCGAGACAGAACUUGCAGCCGGGGCAACCAGGAGUACCUCAGUCCAUCUCGGCACACCAGCCACCUACUGAGGUCUGUCUAAGGUGGAACAGUUACCACAGCAACAUGCAGCAUAGCUUCCCGUCCCUGCUGGACAACGAGCAGUUCGUGGACGUUACUCUUGCCUGCGAGGGUCGCUCUCUCAAGUGCCACAAGAUGAUCCUUUCCUCGUGCAGUGACUAUCUGGCUCAGUUGCUACGUGAAAAUCCCUGCCAGCAUCCGAUCAUCCUUAUGAAGGAUCUGAAAUUCUGGGAAGUUGAAGCCCUGGUCAAGUUCAUGUACCGGGGCGAGGUCAACGUGACCCACGAUAAGCUGCCGCAGCUGCUCAACGCUGCCGAAGCUCUGCAGGUCAAGGGUUUGGCUGGUCCAAGUGGUUCUCAGCAUCCAAAACCACCACUAUUGAUCCCACAAACCAGAAAAAUAGUUCCUCAGCAAAUAAUUACCCGCGUCGCUAACGAAACCAAAGACAACAAGCCAUCGACUUCGACUAGCAACAACACACCUAGCAGCACUACAGCUACUACCUCAACUCCGGCACCCAACGUCGCCAGCCCCAAGCGCGGCAUAAAGCGUCGCCCUAUACCCUCGGAGGUACCAGAAGCUCGUCCGUUUACCAAGAUUCGUUUACAACGCCCGGUGUCACCUCAAAGCAAAGGCCAGUCGUCACCAAUGGUAAAAGUCGAGCCGCUGGACAUACCUCUGAGUCCCGGUGGAGGCAUAUACGCCGAUGAGCAUCGGGAUGAAGAGGACAGCAGCUCGAAUACCCAACAAUUUGAGAGUAUCAUUGGCCUGCAUGAAGACGACGAUCCUGGCGGGGACAUAGAACUCGCCGACGAAUUAGACCACAACGACGACUCGAACCAAUAUUCCGAAGAUCAGAUGGAAUUUGUGCCAACGGAUUUCCUCGAGCAAGAACAAGAUAUCACCGACGAUCCUGAAGAUCAGACGAAUUGCGACAGUAUACAGCUCACCGACGAUGAUUCCAAGCACAACAACGAGGAAGAGGAGGAGGAGGAAGAAGAGGACGACGACGACGAUGAGGAAGAAGAUGAAGGCGAAGAGAAAAGUGAAGAGGAAUCGAGACCAGAUCGCACAAAGAAAGACAAAACAUAAUAAGGGGCGUUGAUGCGCUCAUAGUCGUUGGCAUUCUAAAUUAUAUAUGUAAAAAAUAUAUUUUUUCCUUUUUUGGAAAGAUGUGCGAAGUGAACUGUAGUUUCGCUAUAGCGGAAGAGACAAAUUACUCAGGAAAAGUAUUAAGAGACUUUUUUUACACGAGCUUCUUUACUGAAGCUAUUAUGUUUUUUUUUUUUUUUUUUUGUUAUACGGUUGUAUAAAUUCGUAUGUAAAGAUUAAAUUUUUACAUGUGAUAUUACAAAACGACAUACAGUAAUUUUUUAUCGCUGAUUCCGUUUUUUUGUAGUUAAGUGACGUUUUUUAAGUUUUGUAUUCAUGAUUCGAUCGUUUUGAGUAACUGCUGGAUAAUGAUGAAAGUGAAUUUUUCGUAUGCAUUUUCAAGCUUUUGAAAUUCCUGAAUAAGCGCUUGUAUUUCGAAUUAUUUUUGUUGGCCAAACGUUUGAUAUUGUGAUUUUCUUUAUAUUAUUAUUAAUAUGUGUACAUAUGAACAAAUACGAUUAGCAUACAGUAAUUUACUAUUAAGUAUGAAUCGACAUUUGAUGAAGAUAAAUGCCAUACUUUACUUUGAGAUCUUUGUGUCUACUAGCAUUGCCGAAGAAUCAUUUUAAUAUUUUAUUCUCGACGUCGUUUGUAUAUGUAGAAAAUGAAUAAUUUGUGAAUUAUUUAGCUAAUAGAAGUAUCUGCUAGAGCUGUAUGAUAGAUAAUAUGAUAUUAUACAAAUGCCAAACUCCAGAUUUUACAAUUUGCUCAUAACCAAGCUUAUUUGAUCAGAGUUGGAAAUUUAUUUGUAUUAACGGAGCGCAAAGAUUCUCAGAAGUAUGAUUUUUUAAACCAGUUUAUUUAUGAAUUAAUGUAGCUGUAAUCGCGCUUAUAAUUGAAAUAAUAAGUACAACGUUAAUUUUAGCUGUUAAAAAUGCAAGUUUCUUAUGAUUUUUAAGUUAUUAUGGCAUAAUGAGCGAUUAUGCCAUGCAUCUUUUAAAUAAAUUACCAGCUCUGUAUUGUAUACCUGUGUGCCAUUUGUAAUGAAGUUUGCUUUAAGUUUAAAAUUCUUGCAUUUAAAGAGUAAGUUGCCGAUAGUUUCAAUAAUGAAUAAUGUUCAUUGAAUGCGAUCUACUACAGACCUGUAUAUUGCAGUGUUACAUUUUAUACUCUACAAAAACUUGACUAUCUAUACACAUACAGUUCGUGUGUAUCGUUCAGAGAACAUCUAAGAGAAUAUAUUUCUCUAUGUUACAGUACAUAGUAACCAAAUCUAUCUUUAACUUAUUAUAACAAUGAGAGACUAUUUAAGAGUCAUUUAAAGUUGAGUAUGUAUGGAAAAAUGCUAUGUAUAAGUAUAUACUGAAUGAAUGUUCAUAACUUGUAAGUUUGUCAAAAGUUAAGAACAUCAUCCUGUAUGAAACGAUGACUUAUAAAUAAAAAAAAAGUGAAAGUAAAA